AAUUUAUUAGUGAUGAAACAACUCAAAAUGGUACAAAUCCCAAUAAAUUUUCCAUUUGGUCACGUAACUAAACCACUUUCAUAAUGAGCCCUAGCUGCUACUCCUAUUAAUGGCACAAUUCCUUUUCUGGAAAAACAACAAAGUAUCCACAUUUAUUUCAACACUUUUCAUAAAGAGAAAUUGAAAUUUAAUUUUGCAUUUCCCCAAUUUCAUCAACAAUUGCAGAAGCUUUUUUCUGCGCAGUAUUCGAGGAGUUUGAACCUGAAACGUUAGGGUUCUCAACCCACUUUACUAACCACUAGGUCACGUCCUUUGAUUGGGGUGUGGGCAUUGGAGUUGGUAGAGGAAGAUGUAGAGGCAAUUGAAUUACAAAAUCAUGAGUUACUUCCGGGCAUUCUUGAACAGUCCUGUUGGCCCUAAAACAACUCACUUUUGGGGUCCUAUGGCCAACUGGGGCUUUGUCAUUUCUGGAGUGAUGGAUUCACAGAAGCCCCCUGAUGCAAUAUCUGGCAAUAUGACUUCAGUGCUAUGUGUAUAUUCACUUUUAUGUAUGAGAUUUGCAUGGAUGGUACGUCCUCGCAAUUAUCUUCUUCUGGCUUGCCAUGCUUCAAAUGAGUCAGUGCAGCUCUAUCAACUCUCACGUUGGCUAAAGCAUCAGCGGUACUUGUCUCAGAAGGAAGAGAGCGUUUCUUCAUGACUUUAAGCUCUGUUCUUCUCAUCAUCCAUCAAUUCGACAACCAAAAAAGGAAAAAGAACAAAAAGAUAGUUGUAGAGUUGGUUGUCUGUGUUUCAUCAAUAGUACAAGAGUGUGAAAUGAAUGGAAUGAUGCAAAGUGGCUGGCUGAUGAUAGCUCCAAUGUCUCCUAUCUGAUAAUGGAGCACCAGGAUAAAGAGAGGUGAAGGAAAAUCACAUUAUUCUUGAAAUUUAACAAUUCAACUAUGAUUAGCUUGAGUUAAACAUUAAUGUUACAGUUUGCUUCUAUCAUUGUUCAAUGGCACAUAUUCGUUAUCGUCUUGCUUUCUGGAUGUUGUAUGCUUCUGUUUAGUUUUGCAGUUAAAAUUGAUUGUCAACAUUGUAA